AUGAAAUUGCCUGCUGUGGAAACCUGUAUUAUGCCAGCUAAAACUGUAGACGGGACGCUAAUACAGAUAUAUGGUAGAUUUUUAAUCGAUUUCUCUGCUAGAAAUAGGCACAAGGAAGAUGGUGCAUGGAAAAGGCACCUGCUACGUCACCGAAGGCUCGAAUCUGCUAGGAUUAGAGUGGUGUAUCCGGUUGCCGGCAUAAAGGUGGAGGACAACUAUCAUUGCAGAAAAGUUAUUAGCGAAGAGAAAAUUCGAGCCGAAGUCGUCGCCGACUUGAAGAAGAAGUAUGCGGAAGUCUUCAACAGCAACCUGGGAAGUGCAUGA